CGCAGCGUUAGAACCGGUAGCUCCGCCCCACCAGUGUCAUUCCAGUACACAGAGCGGCAGUGACGGGUAGAGACUCCUCCCCCGCACACAAAGAAAUGCGCCGGCUAUGGAGGGAGAUGAACCGCUGUAGUCAAAACAGAGUGGGAGAUUGUGGAUUGCAUUUGGAAAUCCUGCGUUUGCCACUGUUAUACAUCAGUUGGCACUUGAAAUCAGCAUGCAAAUCCAAUGGAAUUUAUACAUAGGUACUAUUUGCAAACAACACAAUGACGGCUAGAAAAAUACGAGGCCACGAGGGACUGGUCGAAUUAUGCAACUUGUCAUCUCCAGUAAAGACCUUCCUCGGACCCAUAAAAUCAUACAAGUUUAUUUAUGACCAAGAUACCCAUGAGAGUGCUUUGACUUGUUCUUCAUUCCGCCUUCUGGAGAGUCUAGAUUUGACCAGUCCAGUUGGACAGCUUCUUAAUGAAACAAUUCAAGCUCAUCAAAAUGUAUAUAAAACUGGGACAACAACCCUGUUUUUUCUUGUUGGAGCAUGGAGUAACGCUGUACUAGAAUGCCUUCACCAAGGAGUCCCCACGUCCUUGAUCAUUUCAGUAAUGUUAGAAGGACUAAACUCUUGCAUUGAAAACCUUGACUCUCUGCACAUACACCUCAAUAAUAUAGUUAUAACAAAUCAGAGUUCAAGUAGAUCAACCAAUGUUAGACAUGAAAACACUUCUGAUAGUGAUAAACAUUGCUUUCCCUGUUUUGUUAGAGAAGACUGGCCAAAGCAUUUCUCCAAAAGCAGCAAGCACAUACAACUAACAGAAGCUAAUACAGAAGGCUUAAAUAGGACAUAUCAGAUGAGUAGACUAUCUCGUAGUAAAUACUUUUCCAUCCUGAACAGAAGCUGCUUUCAGAAUACCUCCACAACACCAAACAAUAAUCACGCUUUAGGAGAUCUGACUAAGUCUUUGAGCCAUGGCAGUUCAGAAGCCAUGAAACUUGUGGAAAAAGCUGUUACUUAUCUUUUUGAAAAUGCUGAAGAUACAUCUGUGACCAAGGACCUCUUUCAUGCUUCCCAACUUGAGAUUUGUUUUUUACAAGGUCAAUCAAACAGUCACUCAAACGCUUCCUUUGGAUAUACAACUUUAAUCACAUCAGAGAAUGCUGCCAUUGCCAAAGAAUUAGAGGGCAAACCUCUGAAGGUUCUACUUGUGGAUGGGGAACUGACUGAGAAGUAUCGUCAUUUGGGCUUUAAUAAUGCAACCAAUGUAAAGUCAAUAUCUGAAUUUACAAACAGUGGAAUAAGUAUCCCUGAGGAUCCAUGGCUAAGUUCUGCAUUUAGGAAAAUUAUUGACGCUAAUGUUGACUUAAUUUUAGUCAGGGGUCUUGUCUGCCCACAGCUUAUGAUGAAUUGCAUUCAGAAAAAUAUUCUUAUUAUUCCUAAUGUAAAGCAAAAGGUUCUUCAAGCAAUUAGUGAGUGCACAGGAGCAGAGCCAGUGAACUACCACACACAGAUAAAUCAGCAUAGCGUAGGGUAUGGGGUUUAUGCCAACAUAUGCACACAGUAUAGCUCGUUUUUAGAAUAUAGCCAAGUUAUUGCUCUUACACUCCAAGCAGGCACGAUGAACCUGGUCACAGUUGUCCUAAACUGCAGUUUGAUGCCUAAAAUGCAAAUAUUAGAAGACCAAUUUUGGGCCUGCUCAUAUAGAUUACAUCAUGCUCUUCAUGACGAGAAAGUCUUUCCUGGUGGAGGUGCAGUGGAACUUUUGUGUCUCGAUCACCUUAGAAAACUUGAAAAUAGUGCAGUACCAUUUAAUUCAGACAGCAGAGGGCACUAUAUGUCAUCAUGGGUGUCUACUACGGCCACACACUACAAGGCUUCUGUUUUCAGGUGUCUCGCCAAAGGCUGGUAUAAAUAUGUUUCCGUUCUUCUCUGUAACAUGAAUACAUAUUCUUCCGAGUUAGAAUCUAUGACUUUCAUAAACAAUGAACUGCAAAUCAUGAGUGAUUUUCCAUCUCCCUCUUCAUAUAUUCUAAAUGAGUAUUCUAGAAAGCUUGCUUUGGUUGAUAAUUUAGGUGUUCCUACAGAAAGCAGACCAGCAAUAGUGUAUGAUAAUGUUGUUCCAAAGGUGGAGGCAUGGCGCAGUGCCAUGCAUCUAGUUCUCACAGUGCUUCAGUCCGAUGCAGAGAUUAUUACAGGGUCUAUUAUACAUAUAAAACAAAGGGAAUCUGUACAUGGAGAAAAAAUGUUCUUAUAGUUUUUCUUUUUGUGGAUAAAAGUUUCAUGUAUUGGAAAUUUGUCAUGUUGAGAUUAAAACUGGGGUAUGGCAAAGUAUUUUUUUUCCCUUUACAAUUCUGUAUUUCAUUGAUUAAGUCAGUGGUUCCCAAUCUGUCUUGAAUCAUGGCACCCUAGAGUGUCAGCAUUUUUUUUUUACAGCAUCUCUGGGCCACAAGUUACUUUUAAUAUAAUCAGUAUAAAAUAAUUAAAUUGUGCUUACCUGUCA